CGUCCUCCUCCCCCUCCUGCUCCGCCACCGCCUCCUCCUCCUCCUCCACUGUGGUUCCUCCCUCGCGCCCUCCUCCCCGCCCGUCCCUCCUCCCCUCCGGUUGAUUCUCCAUCUGCCACCUCCGCCCCCUCCCCCUGUCCUCGCCACCUCUCGGACCUGGGCCGGUCCCCCUCCCUUUGGCGCCUCCGCCUGGGCAAAGCAUGAACAGCCACAUGGCACUGCCGCCGCCCCCGGGUGCCCCGCUGGGCUUCGGCCCCGGGGCACCGCCCAGUGCCGCAGCCCCGACCGCCGAAGCGGCGCCGGUCGACUUCUCCCACGCGACGCACCUCCCCUCGCUGGGGCUGCUGUCGACCGCGACCGAGGGCCUCGUAGACGUUGUGGCUGCGGUGCUACUGAGCCAGGCGUCCAACGCCGACUACCCGGCCGAGGCGCUGGCCUCCCUGUCGGACUUGCUGCUACUCCAUCGCCCCGACCGCCUGGUCACCUUCGUGGCAUACAACUCGCCGAUUCUCUUCCGGGCGAUUGUCCGCCAUCGGAAUGCCGAGGCGCGCAAGUGGCUUGCCGGCUUCGUGACGUCCGCCUGCCGGAUCAAGCCCGAGCUCCUCCCGAUGUUGGCUCCGCUGGUGCUGCUCGUGUGCCGGCAGCUGCCCGUCUCAAGUGACCCUGAGACCGCGCGCGCCUGGCUCGCGGCCCUUGCCAUCCUGACGCCGCUGACCCUGCGCGAAGUUCUUCGUGAGACGAUUCCCACCCGGCAAGCGGCCGAGCUGGCCUGGCGGUGCAUCUUCCUGGCCGGGCUGCUGGCACUGGACCUGGUGUUUCCGGGCCCGGCGCCUCCCGGGUCCGGGCCCUUUGCCGGGGUGCCCGAGUCGGUCAAGCUGCGCGGCCUCUACCUGUGCCAUCGGCUGGCUCUGUUGUACAUUCCGGCCGAUACCCGGUCGCACAUCCGGAAUCCCCUGCCGGAGGCGCUGCUUCCGGCGCGCGACCAGCCCACCCUGCUGGCCGGCGCCGUGGAGGACCUCGAAACGCGACGCCUCUUCCUGCUGUCCCUGCUGGACGUGGAGAAGGACCAUCCCAUCCUGAUGUACCGACAGCUGGAGCGUGCCGGGUCGGUGGCCCUGCGGCUGAUCGCCGACUCGAUCACCACGCCCUCCUCACCGACCCAGCUUGUUGCAGCCAUGAGUCUCCUGCCGCAGCUCAUUCGACUGCGCGCGCGCAUCGCCCAGCCGGCCCUUGUGCCGCUGGUCCUCCGGCGCACGCCGCGCAUUUGGCGCCCGGAGCCGCAGUUUGUUGCCCAGCGUCCGCCGGGCUUUGUCGAUCUGGACCCGGUGCAGACUGCCUCCUUGCGACAUGUGCACAGCGAGGUGGUCAGCACCAUCAUGCGCAUCCCCGGGUCCAGCGAUCUGGCCAAUGCCAAGCCGCAGGUGGCCCACCUGCUGGCCGGGCCAUUUGCCGCGCCGGGCAGCGUCCCGCCCAUGAAUAGUAUGCUGCCGCCGCCGCCGCGGCCGAUGCCCGUGUUCCUGUCGCGUACCAUCGCCGCUGUCACGGCCAGGCAGACGCAAAUCGGCACAACCAACAAGGGGCUCCUGCUGCCGGGAUCGGCCGACACCGACCGGCAGUUUGGCUUUGCCGCCAUGUCGGGGCCCGGGGCGACCGAGGACCCGGGGCCCGGCGCGCGGGAUGCCCUGGCCCCGGGCAAGCGCCCGAUGCCCCCGGCCGACGGCCCGGCCAGCAAGGCGCCACGCUUGGCCGGGGCCGCUGCCCGGUCGCCGGCCGAAUUGGCCGCCUCGGUGCCGCUGCACGUGGCCGUGGACAUGGUGGUGUGGGGCCUGUCCCAGGUGCAGCCCCGGGCGCCGGUGCCGUCGGCGGCCCCGGGCCCGGGCCCGGGCCCGGGCCACGGGGCCCAUGACCUCGCCAUCAAGGCGGAGUUCCCCCCUGUGGGCAUUCCGCCGGGGCUGGGUUUCCUGGCGCCACCCCCCCCGCCGGCGGGCUUGGGCUUCGGGGCUCCUCCUCCGGCCCCUCCGGCCGGUGUGCCCAUGCACCCAUCGGCCGGGGCGCCGGUGCCGGGACCGGGCCCACGCCCGGGCCCGGCGUCGGCCACGCCCGCUGGCCAGGGCGCCUCGGGUGCCCUGUCGUCGUCGAGUUCGGCCGGCCCGGUGGCUCCGGCGGCCCCGGCUCCCGGGCCCUCCGUGGACUUCGAGGAUUUCCCCUCGGCCGGGGAGUUUGUCCUGUCGGCCCUGGACCGGGCGCUGGGUGUCCUCUCCUCGCUGGGGCCCCCGGCCGGGGGCCCGGAUGAGGCUGACGCCGACGCCGACCGCCAGGCCGUCUGCACGGACCUGAACUCCCUGAUCAUUGGGCUGAUUUCGCGCAACAUGCUGGACGCCCAGUCCACCGGGGCAUGCAGUGCCGAGCUCUUCGCCUUCAGCGACUCGGACCCCGAGGAUGGAGCCGACACGGCGGCCGCCUCGCCGGUGGACUAUGCCCUGCCGCUGGACAUGCCGCUGCGCAUGGCGCUGGCCGAAAAGAUGACGUCCUUCUGCUCCGGCCGCCUGCCGGACACGGUGCAGCUGGCCCUGUCGUGGCUGCACUCGGAAUUCCAAGCGGCCUCGCUCAAGCUGGAGGAUGACAAUGCCUUCGCGCACUAUGACUCCUGCCUGCAUGGGCUCCUGGCCCGGGUGGCGACCAGCCUGCGGCCCGAGUGGCAUGACAUCCGUGUCCUCAGCCAGCCGGCCGCCUGGACUCCGCUGCAGGUCGGCGCGCCGGCCACCCCGUCGGUGGUUCUCCUGCUGGCCGAGGUGCCCCGACUGACUGAGACAUGCUUCGAGUUCAUUGCGGCGCUUUGCGGCUCCGGUGGGGCUGCCGCCCCGGCCGCAUCGGGCAAGCCCUUCAGCUUCCCGCUGCUUGACCGCGAGUCGGCCCUACGACUGGGCCUCGCAUGCGCGGCCUCCCUGGUGGAAAAGCGCCGCCGGUCACUGGACCCCGGGACCACGGACCCAUGGAUUCACCGACUGCUGACGGAGAUCCUGGCCCCGCUGUGCUUCUCGGCCGACAAGGCCAGUCGGUUUGUGGCCAUUCGCUUCGCCAUCCUGUGGCGCUUUGACCCGGGCGCCUCGCCCGCUUUCACCGAUGGCCUGGCUCCCGAGGGGCAUGAGCUGGCCGAGCCGGAUGGCGGCCCGGACAUCGGGCUGACCAUCCUCCGGCUGACAUGCCGGCACUUCCUGACCCUGGCCCAGGUGUCGCAAGCGGACAUUGACCAGCACCAUGAGCAGCAGCCGGAGGCGGACCAGCGUCCGGCGGGGGCGGCGGCGGCGGCGGCGACAACGACCGACGCGCCGGACGCCGCCGACCACGCCGACGCGGCCGACCCCUCGGACAAUGAGUACCUCCUGUCUUUCAUGGUGCUGUUUGUGGUUUUGUCCAUUCGCCAGCCGGCCCUGCUGAAUCACCUGGUGGAGGUUUUCGCCCGGCAGACCAUCCCGGAAGUUCGGCGGCUGCUGAUUUCCCAGCUCGAGCGGACUUUCAACGUGUGGUCCGCCCAGUCGGCCGGGUUUUUGUCGGCCGUUCGGCGGGCCGCCUGCCUGGAGGGGCUGGAUGAGCAGCUGGCCGCAGCCGGGCCGGAAGGCGAUCUAGCGACCAUCCGGGCCACCAAGUUCGCCAGCACGGUGGAGCUCUUCGUGGCGUUGGUCCGGUUGGCGUGCACGGCCAAGCCUCCGACCCCGGCCAUGCUGGGCCUCCUGCAGGAGGCCCUGUGCCCGGUGGUCGACAUGGUGGACGUGUUGGAGAUCCAGCCGGCCGAUGGGCCUGGCGACAUUGUCCCCCCGCGCGAGUGCGCCCCCUGGCAGAGUGACUGGGCGGAUCUCUUUGUUCAGCUGCUUUCCUACUCUCUCGGGGCCAUGAGCGCCCAUCAGGCUCUGGCCGUGCUGCCGACGGUGCUGAUGCUGCCGAUCCCGGCAGCCAGCAAGAGCGAGGUCCUGCGGUGCUUCUUUGACGGGGCCGGCUUCCCGACGGCCGACCAGGCCGAGGCGUAUCUUGGACAGACGCUCACGGCGCCGGGGUCCGUGCUGGCGCCGGUUCUCUGGCCCUGCACGGCCCCGCUGACCCCGGAGGUGGUGCUGAUGGCCCUGCACCAGCUUCGAGUGCAGCAGCCGGUGCUGGUCCCCCCGGCGGCCGACCAGGCCGAUGGCUCGUCCACCGGCGGCGACCAGUCUCCUCGGCUGACGUUGCGCGGGCUGCUUCUGGGCAAUGAAAUAUGCACGACGCAGCACGCGGCCGCCUUCGGGCCGGCCGUGGCCGCCACCGUGCUGCCAUUGCUGGCGGCCGGCGUCCCGGCGCAUGUCCUUGUCGGCAUGGCCCCGGGCCAGCUGCCCCCGCGGCUGGACUUCGCCAACCCCAUCCCGCUCCUGAUCUUCCGGACCGCCCUGCAUGUGCAUAAGCACUUCGGGGAGAUGGCCGACGUCCGGAGCGCCUGCCUGGCAACACUGGUGGUGCUGGUCAGCCGCCGGGCCAGGCAUACAACCGACACCACCGGCGAGCCCUGGUGGGCGGCCUCGGUCAUGCUGAGCGGCUUCCUGCGCUUCUGUGAGCUCCUGCUGCCGGAGGCGGCGGCGAUCAUUGCCCUGGCCCCGGCGCUGCCACAUGCGACCGUGCGGGCGGAGCUUCGCCCCGGCUCACGGUUGCUGGCGGCCCUCGGCCAUGCGGCCGAUGCGGCGGUGGCCUUCACCGGCGGCAAUGCCGGGGCAUGGCCGUUGCCUGCGUCGCUCGAGGAAUUCGCCGCCUCCUCGCUCCGGCCCCAGUGCCGGCGCUUGGUGGGGCAUUUCCUCGCCCACGGCGAUCCGCUGGGCUCCUGGACCCUGGCCACGGCGGCGAGCUCCUUUGUCGCGACCUUUGCCGGGGCGGCGACGGGCCCCGCCGCGCCUCCCCCGGCUGCCGAUGUGGACAUGGCCCACGAGUGAGCCCCUUCCCUGGCCGGGGGAGGGGGCCGUGGCGGCUCGCCCCCAUGCAUGCAAAUGUCCCCCUCCCCUGCCCUGUUGCAGCCACCAUCAUAGAGACUGCCAGCCGGGGGAGCAACAGCCAGGAGGCGGGGGCGGUCUUUUUCCCUUUGUCCCUCCCCCUGGGAGAAUGCAUGCCCCGCGUAUGGA